GUGGACGACGUGUCGUUAGCAUUAUUAAAUCUCAUAGAGGUCGGAGCUUUCUGGGUUUAGUCAGUGACUGAGAUUGAAGCUCUGUAGGAGUCUAGGGUUUAGUUUCGCGAUGGAGGACCCGAAAGAUGACCCGGCCGUGUUUCUGGAUCGCACCUCACGCGCCACCAGAGGGAAGAGGAUGACGAAGUUACUGGAUGAAGAAAUCGAAGAGGACGAGACGUUCUGGAAUCAAGAGGCGCUUAAAGAUGAGGAAGAAGAUGAUAACUAUGAAGCAGAGCCUGAAGUUGCUGAUGUGUUUGAUAGCGAUUUCGAUGAAGAUGAGCCUGACCCGGACGAAGGCGCAGAAGACAAUGAGGGAGAGGAAAGACGGACGAAGAAGCGGUUGAAAUUUCCAGGGAAGCAGCCAAGCAAGAAGAAGAAGAUAAAAGUGCUUUCGAAGAUAGAAGACAGCUCCAAGAAUGAAAAGCCGAAAUCUUCUUCUAAAACUGAACAGCAUCAUCAUGAUGCUCCUGAGGAUGGAGAAGGGGAGAGAAGUGUGAGGAAAUCUACGAGAACUGCAGUGGUUGUUAGGCAAGCUGAGAGAGAGGCAAAUCGUGCUGCUUUGCAAGCAACCAUGAGGCCGAUAAAGAGAAAAAAGGAAGGCGAAGAGAAGAGGAUGAGCCAGGAAGAGAUGCUUCUGGAAGCUGCUCAAACAGAAAUUAUCAACUUGAGGAAUUUGGAACGUGUUCUAGCAAGGGAGGAAGAAGUUAAGAAGCGAGCAAUUGUGCAUAAGGCUGUCUAUACUGGUCCACAACUACGUUAUUUUUCAAAAGAUGGUAACUCAUAUCUGGAAUUCAGCAGAGGGUUAUCGUUCCAUUCUGAUCUCGCUACAACAUCUGCUCCCUAUCCUGAGAAAGCUGUCUGUGCAGUUACUGGCUUACCUGCCAAGUACCGCGAUCCAAAGACAGGGCUACCUUAUGCAACAAAGGAAGCUUUUAAAAUUAUUCGGCAACGCUUUCUACAAGAAAGUGGUGCGGUUAGGAAAGAGAUGGACCUGGGUGAUUUGUAUGAUUCAAUUUCUGGGAAAGGUUUUUCAGCAAGGCAGAAGAGAUCGGUGGUGUCAAAUAAAAGUGAGGUGUCAUAUCCUCGAUACUUUGCACGUUUCCGCAGGGCUUCAGCUCUUGAAAGUGUAUCCUCUGAAGAGUGAUGUUGAAUCUGAGACUGCACGUUCUCAAAGUUCUUUAUGUCGGAUCCUUUAGAAAAUGUUUUACCACCUAAUUGGCUAUGUGCAAGGCAAGACUGACCAUCUUGAAGAAGGCUUGCGGACUAGAAUCACAAGUUAUUUGUAAGUAUGUCCAUGUUGGCUCUAGUAAAAUGUCAGUUUGGAAUAUAUAAUACUUCAGGAAUCAUAUUAUUUACUAUGGCAGUAGGGUGGCAUGGCUAGAGACUUACAAAUGCUUCUGAGCGCUCUUGUCUAACUAUGAUGAAGAACCAGUGACUUGCAACGGGAAGCAUUCAAAUGCUUAUUCUGAGUUGGUGUUCACUUCAAAUAAAAAGGAGAGUUGUACUUCAGAAAGCAUGGGUGUUGGUUAGCUGAAUCCUUUAGCCAGUGCGUUUUGUAUCUGAAAGUAAUCGCUAGAUGUUUAGUAAAUUUUGUUGCUGAUAUGUGCUAUUUUAUCAAGUUUUGGCUCUGUAUACAUAUAGUUUGGUUAUUUCAGUAAAACAAACAGAAACUUUAUGAUUAUUCAUUUAA